AUGAGAACGGAAAUCUUGCUGCAUCAAGGAAGCAACGCGUGGGAUGGGUUUGUCCAGAUCAAAACACAAGGCAGGAGUGGCUACGUCUGUCCCUGGCAGCAUUCUAACAGCGUCUACAAUGACAACCUGGCGAGGUUGGUGUGCGACACCCUCGGCUACUACAUCAGGAAUGGCGCUGGUCCUACCUACAGUGUAGAAGAGAAUUCUUACAUCCAGUAUCAUCAAACCUACCAGUAUGGAUAUGAUAGCUGGAUGGAUAACAUCGCAUGCUUAGGAGAUGAGUUAGAUAUCGCAGACUGUCUAUCAAAGAAAGGUCUACACUACGAAAAAUGCGACUAUGCGUUCAAGGUUGUAUGUCCCCAACCGGUGAAGCCAAACAUCACGGCGGUUCGACUGGUGGGCGGGCGGUUCCCGUGGGAGGGUCGAGUCGAGGUGGAGAACUGGGGGUACUGGGGGAGUGUGUGUCACAAGUCCUGGACGAAACAAACCGCCGCUGUCGUCUGCAGAAUGCUUGGCUUUCACCCAAAGUAUGUAUUCGCAGCGGGCAGUACGCUGUAUGGUUCUGGAAACGAAACAGCAGUAUUGCAACAGUACAGUUGUCAUGGUAACGAGAACAAUUUGAAUAAUUGUUCCCUUUCUUCAACUAAGAUAGGUCUGCAUUGUCAGGACGGACACACGGCCGGGCUGCGGUGCGUGGAGUUCGAUGUCAUUGACGUCAUAGACGUAAAAUGCAGCCAACAUUCGUGGCUGGUUGCCGUCAACAUGACGCUGCUAAAGGCGAUAUACCCGACAGCAACACCCGAGAAUAUAUCCAUGGGACAUAUUGGUGGUUGUAAAGGGACGGUGUUUAGUGAUGGGCUACUGUUUUAUCAUUUACUGGACGACUGCUAUACAUCUAAGAAGGUGUUGGAAGAGCAGACUGUUUACUACAACCACCUGUCGUACAUCGACCCGAACCACCACGGCGUUGACAGCACGGUGUGGAAACAGCACCUCGAGUGUUCUGUGUACCACGAGAGAACGCCAGCCCCAAACAGCACCGCGUACAACAAGCCCAUAGACGUUUCCUUCUACAGUGACCCCAGCUAUUUGCAUGCCCUUCCGGAAGGGUCACUACCGACGCAGAUUGCUAACCGCGUGUACGUGCGAGUGAGUCCGGAAGUAGCCACUAAUAUGAAGAUGAUUCUCAAAGACUGUCAGGUUAUCGAGACUGAAUCUGGCAGUCAUGUGCUUAUUAAGAACGGGUGUGAAGUGAACCGGUCGACUCACAUCUCGCUACUCAGUGACGUAGAGAGCCGCUUCUCCUUCUCCGCCACGUGGACGCAGUCGCCCACGCAUUCCGCCGGUCGUGGUCACGUGACCUGUGAUGUCAAAUUCUGCCACAUCGACGACCGGAGUCCGUCCUGCUACCACGGCUGCAGAAACCCGCUGGACAUACCAAUAAUAGGCUGAUCUGCGUUUGAUGUCACUUUGUUUGACAUUUUCAAGAGAGUAACCUCUAAAUUCUCCGAUUUGUCUUUCGUGCGUAAUCGUUUGAAAUUGUAAAUAAAGAAGAUGCAUCUAAUUA